ACAAUGACAAGACUCAUGAUGAUAAACCUUGAACGAAAAGUAGAAUUUCGUUUCAUACUUUCAUGAAACAGACAACGGCCCAUGCUCCAUGCCACCAUAGGCCGUAAAGCAUACUUUAAACUCUUUUAAACCUUGUAGUGGUAGUAUAAUAAUUUAAUUGAAUGAAAUAAUACGGAAUCAAAGUUUAUUAUGACAAAUUAAUAUCGUCGGUCAUUAAUAUUUCUCUUUUUCUAUAAUAGUGUCUUAAUCCGAUAUUGUUCUGUAUUAAUUAUAUUUAUGAUUGAUUGAAUUUAUGAUCGAUGGAGGUGAAUGAUUACUACAGUACUAAUAAAAGUAGCACAGACGAAGAAGAAUUAUUACUAAAACGUUUAAUUGCCCUUAAAAAGCAACUAGAUGAUGAUGAAAAUAAUGAUAAACCAAAAUUACAACGGACCCCGAAUAAUAUCAAAGAAAAUAUUAUUAUUAAUAAAAAUGUUAAAUCAUCAUCAAAAUUUAAAUAUUGCAAGGAUAAUAAUCAUACUGCUCAUAAGUUCCUUUCUACCAAAAUAGAUAAUCGUAACUUUACCAACCAUCAAAGUAAAAUUAAACAAAAUAGUUCAUUUGUUAAGACUAAUAAUUUAUCUUCUAAGGUGUAUACCAAACAAAACGUGUUACAUUCAAAUCCUAUCAAAACUGUUAAUAACAAAAAAAAUCCUGAAAUAUUAACUAACAGUCAAAAUAUCAUAAAGUUUGAUUCAGAGAUUAAUGAGAUUGUGAAAAACAGCUUUGUUAAUAAUUGUAAAAUACUAUUAAAUGAUAGUUGUUAUGAAACUUCCGAUGUUUCACAGACAUUGCGUAAUGUUGAUAAAUAUAUGAUUAAUGUUCAAGAUUAUUUAUCUUCAUCAAAAUAUGUUGUUGAUAAAGAAGCAAACCCUUCAUCAGUUAAGAAAACUAAUCAAUCAAAAAAUGUACAUGUCAAUAGAAAAUUUCAAAACCAAUUAAUCUCUACUAGUUUGUUAAAUUCAAAUUCAAAUUCUUUAGCAUCUAUUAAUAAGUCAACAAGUAUAAAUAAGAAAAAAAUAAUAAAGAAGUUGUCUGGAAAAAUAGUUGGAUCACCUAAUCUUGUCAAGAUAGGUAAAACAAAAUUAAUACGUCAAUCAUUAUUUAGAAAUAAAUGGAAAAUCAAUAAUAAACUGAAUCACUUUGAAGAUAAUACAAUUGAACGUAAACCACUCUCAACUUUACAAUGUCCAACAUCAAAUACAUUAAUACCGUCCUACAAAAAAACAGAAUGGAAUAAAAUUGCUAAUACAACAUCUGUACUUAAAUCAAAAUUAUCCAACUCCAGUAAUACUAAUAAGUUAAAAUGGACAAGACCCAGUAUAUUAUUGGUUAAUAAUGUGAACAAUACCCACCCAUCUGUACCAAAAGCCGAUAAAUUAAUUUUAUUUGGCAAAAAUAAAAUAAUUAGACAAUCGUUAAUAAAUCCAAUUCAAUCAAAAACCAAAUCUUAUAUGCUCAAACAUCUCUCGCAUAGAUUUGCUUUAAUGAGGAAAUUACAGCAAAAAAACAUUGUGGCUAAAAUAAAAACUGUUACGAGCAGCGAUCAAGUUAAAAAUAAUAUUUUAUUGAAAAAUACUGUAAUUAAGCCUGUUGAAAUUAAAAGAAAUGGCAAGAGGUCAUAUUCCAUGUAUUCAUAUGUGAAUCCAAUAUUGAGAUCGAAGACAAAUAAUACAAAGUUGGAUAAAACUGGAUCCUUGGAUAGUAAAAUACCACGUUUAAAUAAUAUUUCUGAUAACAAACCUCAACAAAAUUUGAAAAUUAUGAACAAUGAUAAAAAUAAAAUUCAAAAUUUAAGUUUAUCAAACAAUAAAACCCUCCAACGACUCAGAAGUAAAAAAACACUCACUAAACAGCUUUGUCUAGUAUUUAAUCGCUUUGGUGUUUGUUCAAAAUCGGAUCAAGGAGAAUGUGAUAAACGUCAUUACAAAAAAUACAUCACAUUGUGCACAAAGUUUUUAACUGGAGAAUGUUCCAGAGAUAACUGUACAUUAUCGCACAAUAUUGUUGAAGAAAAAAUUCCAUUUUGUAAGCAUUAUUUAAAUAGUGUUUGUGUUCAAUUAAAUUGUCCAUUCUUACACGAAUAUAGAAGUAAAAAUACUCCUAUUUGUAAAAAUUUUCUCCAUGGUUCCUGUAAUUGGGGGAAAAAAUGUCCUAAAAAACACUUAGAUUUAUGUCCAAUUUUUGAAACAAAGAAUGAGUGUCCACAUGGUCAAAAAUGUCUAUACCCUCAUGUUCAAUUUGAAGAUAAAAGUACCGUUGUAGUUGAAAUCAAUGAACCGAGAUACUUUGAAAUAACAAUACCCAAUUAUGACGAAUCCAAUGAAAACGAGUACAUUCAUAUUGUACCCAAACGCCGUGCACCUUUAUUGGAUUUACCAUCUUAUAUACCUUUGAAAAAACAAUGAGUUGUCUACAAUUAUGUAGAUUAACUUUUAGGGAAAUGCUCAAUAUCAACAAAUCUGGUAUGUAACACGUUAUAAUUUUUAAUUUGUACAAGUGUAUACACUACAUGAUCAAAUAUCCAAUUUAAAUAACUAUUGGUAAACAUGUUUUUAUACAUACAUAUAAUAUAAUAGAAGACUGGUUUGUUUGUAUCAUAAAAUGUUUGUUAUUUUAUUUUAAGAGA